UAUUUUAUGAUAAACAAGACUGUCUUGUUUCACUCUCAUUUUUGUGUAGUCUUUUUGUUGUUUUUCAUGAACUUUCAACCAUGUGCAAGUUUCAUAAUUCGUGACAGUGGUUGAAGACAACUAACCAUGGCAGAUGAUAGCACUGAAACUGAAGAUAGUGAAUCUAUUGAAACUUCAAGUUCACACUCCAAUCAGGAAAAGUCCAGUACAAGUAGACUCAGUCAGGAAUUUGAGCAUUCUUCACUGCCAGAGAUUUGGAUUGACCACAACUCAGAAGGUCUGCGUUCUAUUAAAUCUACGGAAAUAAUCUGCAAUGAUGACGAAUGUUUUAUUUUCAAAUACAUUCCUGAUCCCGGGAUUCAUCAAGCAUAUGUGGUAGGAGCAGAUUAUGAAUUCAAGGAAGAAUCUGGUGAAGAACUUUACCUGCGUUUGGUUAAAGAAGCAGGAAUAGCUCCAAUUAAAAGGAUUAUUAGUUCCUUGAAAGAUAGUUACUUAGGGCUUGAGCAUUACGGCCUGGAUCCAAGGCAGAUGAAACCGUUGACAGAAGCUCUAAUACGCAACACAACCAUAAGGGAACUGAACUUGCGAUGUAACGAACUGACGGUUGAUGGACUGUACCACCUGGGCCUACUAAUUUGUGACAUUGCUGGGUCCCUGACGAAACUCAACCUACAACACUGCAAAAUCGGUCCCGAGGGAAUUGUGAUGCUCGUGAGUGGACUCGAGAUCUGUUCUCUUGAGGAACUGGACCUGAGUCAUAACGAAAUCGGCGAUAGCGGGAUGGAGGAGUUGGCCAACAAGUUAUGCUACAAUGUCUCUAUUCGAAAACUCAACCUGAGCCACAAUGGGUUGACCCAACUAAGCGGGAUGUGGCUAGCAGACACCAUGGACGAGAACUUGGCUCUCCAGCAUUUGGAUCUAUCUUGGAAUCGGAUUUCAGAGGAGCCAGGAUUAAAGAUGUUUCUGACAUCAGCUACAGACUCCAAUGAAACAAUUCUCUCCCUUAACCUGUCCUGGAACUCUCUUGGAGGAGACAAAAUUGCAAACAUUAUCAAGAACUUCAUUGGGCAACAGAGGAGUAUACAAGAAUUGGAUCUGUCACAUAAUCGGUUAGGAUCUAUUUUAGAAAACACCCGAAUAGCUAAGGGAAUAAGCACUUCCGAGACAUUGAAGACACUGGACUUGAGCUACAAUGGACAUAAUGCAGACUCAGCGUUAGCUCUUCUCUCCAACAUACAAGGUUCAAAGUUACAGACACUCUUGUUGUCCAAUGUUUGGGUUAAUGCAGAAUUUGAAAAGCUGCAGAAAUCAAGCAGAUUCAGGGUUGUUGUGGAAGGAGUUUCAGGAGGAUCUCAGAUUAAAGGGCCAGAUGUGAAAGCGAUGUUGUUGAAGAGAGCUAACUUUCUUGGUUAUAAACCGAAGAAGAACAAGAAAGAUUUUGGCUGGUUUCUCUUGCGGCUAAAAAAUGCUGACACUCUUGUUCCUGUAAAGAAAGCCAAAUUUGAUCUGUUAAUACAAGAGGACAAAAUAAAAUUUGAUGAGGGAUUGAUUGAUGAGUUGGCCAAACAAUUCAAAAAUGAAGAAAAGAAAAUAGAUCUGAAUUCGAUGUUAGAAAAGUAUUUAGAGAUAUUUCCAGACACAGUAUUACCUGUUCCAAAAGAGAAAAGAAAGAGAAAAGCUUCUAAAGAUGAGAGGAAAACAAAAGAAAUUACAACAGAUAUAAAUGAGAAAAUUUCAAAAGUAAAGGAAGUGAAAGAAAGAGAAACUCUGAAAACAACACCAGAACUAACAGAAAAAAACAAAGAAACUCAAAAAGAUACAAAAGUAAGAGAAACUUUGAAAACAACACCAGAACCAACAGAAAAAAGAAAAGAAACUAAAAUAGAUGCAAAAGUACGAGAGACUUUAACUGUGAAACCAUCUGCCCAAAAAUUCCCUGUCUCAAUAUUAGUGACUACAACCAGUAAGGAUGAUAAAAAAUCUCAUAAAGAAGUAACUUUUAUGGAUGAAAAUGAUAAAGAAGAAAACAAAAUUAAUGUGGAGAUAGAAAGUGAUCAAACACAAGAAUAUUUACAACCAAAAGAAUUAAGUGGACCAGAAGAAACUAUUUCUGGCAUUUCAGACACAGAACAACCAGCUGAAGAAGAGAUUUCAGAAGAAGAAAUAGCUGAAGAUAUUGAAGAUGAGACACCACGUUGGAAGGUUAAACAAAAGCAACCAAGAAUUGCAUCACUUGCCCUGUAAUCAAUAUACAGGAUUUUUAGAUCUAUACAAACUUAUUAAAUUAAAUAUUAAGCUGUAAAAUUAAAAUAUGAUGUUAAAAGAUCA